AACCAUCAAUAUUUUAUUUUCACUUUCUUCUGCCAGUUUCAUGAUCUCAUACAAAAACCACCACCGCCCAGCUGCACACACACAAUCGUACCACCACCGUAAUCCGUCGUGACCAAAUGGACGUACUCUUCAAAUCAAUCGACGUUCGCGACCUUUUAUCCUCCCACGAUCUCGACGAAUCAUCACCUCUUUCCGCUCCAGACCUUCGUCUCUUAAUCGACCGUUUAAAUCUCCACUCUCUUCACAUCAAAUCAAAAGUCCAUUCCUACAUUCAAUCUCACCACCACCACUUCUUAUCCUUAUUCUCUCUCUGUUCCGACCACCUUAAAAACUCCGACCACCUGUCCCGACAACUCUCCGACCUUGUCAAUCUCUUGUCUUCCUCAAAUGGGUCGAAAUCAAUUGAUGUUGAGAUUAAAGAAACAGUAGAUGAGUUAAGGAUUAAAAAUGAGGAAUUGGGGGUUAAAAAUGAAAUCUUGAAGUUGGUUUCUUGGAUUGUGAAAGUGAAUGAUGAGUUGGGGAAUGUGGAUAAAGAUUUGGGUGUUGGAAAGUUUGUUGAUGCUGCGGUUAAAGUUAUCGACUUGAAGGCGGCAUUACGAGUGAGUGAUAAUGAUGAUGAUGAUGAUCAUGAGACUGAACCGGUUGUUUUCGGUUUGUUGAGGAAUAAAUGGAGAGACUGCUUUCAAAAGAUACAAGAGGUGUUAGUGAAGUUUAUUGAGAACGCAGUGAGAUUCGAUCACGAGACUAAUGUGGUUCAUGUGAAGAAUACUCUCAGUGUUAACGAUAUUCAAGGGGUUGAACUUUCUACUGUUUUGAAAGCAAUGGAUGUGGUUGGCAUUCUUGAUUAUGGGCUUGCUAAAGUAGCAGACUUGAUGACUAGAUAUGUUAUAUCCCCGGCAUUGCGAUCGGGUUAUCAUAGUUUUUCUGUAGAAGAACAAAAAGUAGAUUCAGGGGAAGUAGCUGAGGUAGUUUUGAGGAUAACUGCACCUUCUGCCCCUCAGAUAGGGAACAUGGAUGCUGAAAUUAUAUAUUCUGGAGUUAAUGUGGUCAUUCAGUUUAUAUUCAACUACAUUUGCUUUCAAAAUUCUUCCUGGAUGCAUCUAUUUGGAAGAUUGACGUGGCCCCAGAUGUCGGAAAUGAUUAUUUCUAACUUCCUUUCAAAGAUUGUUCCCAAUGACGCUUCUAAACUCGCUGACUUCCAAAUCAUUAGACAACUAACGUCUGAGUUUGAGAAAUCUCUUAAAGAAGUUGCAUUCAUCUCCUCUGGCAAAGAUGAGAGGUUGACCAAUUUUGCCGACAAUGUUGAAGUUCACUUUGCAACGAGGAAGAAGGUUGAGAUUUUAGCAACAGUCAGGGAGCUGCUCCAAAAGUCAGAUUUUAAACUUCCAAAGGUGAUUUUACUUCAGGCCUAUUCUAGGGAAAAUGCUGGUUAUAAGAAUGGCGGGAACGUAGACUUGCUUUUUUCGUCUGAGAGGUGUGUCAUAUCCGAAGCAGCUUCUCGGCUAAUGGAAGUUGUGCAUCAAACACUCAAGGAUAUAUGCUUGUCACCUGCAACUGUGGCUUUAGAAUUCUAUCAUGCUGCUAGGGACGCUCUACUAAUGUAUGAAGCUGUUAUUCCUGUCAAGCUAGAACGACAGCUGGAUGGUAUCAACCAGGUUGCUGUUCUAAUUCAUAAUGAUUGCCUAUUCUUGUCACAGGAGAUUCUUGGCCUUCCAUUCCAGUAUCAAUCGGACUUUCCAACUUCCAUGAAGGGAGCUGCGUUUAUUGAUUUGGGUAUAAGAUACAAGUUGAUGGCAGAAGAGAUAUUACUAAGACAAGUGCAGCUUGUGAAACAUAAUUUAAUGGAGGCCAUUGAUGGUGCUGAUGGAUUUCAGAAUACCCACCAACCAAAAAGACGUGAAUCUGCAGAAUUUAGUAUUGAUCAGGUAGCUUUUAUCCUUGAGAAAGUGCGCAUAAUAUGGGAGCCGCUGUUGCUACCCUUGACAUACAAAGGAAGCAUGUGCUCAGUUUUGGAGGCUGUAUGCUCUAGAAUGACGAAAGACAUACUUCUUUUAGAUGACAUUGCAGCAGAUGAAACACUACAGAUCCAAAGGUUAAUUCAUAUGUUGCUGAACAACCUUUCGUCUUUAAUGGAGUCUUUGGUUGCCAUCUAUCAAACAACGAAACCACAGGGCGCAUCAUCAGCCUCUAUUGAUGAUCUCGUACCAUCACUCCCUCGACUUAGGAUAUUGGCAGAUAUGAUGGACAUGCCUCUGAAGUCCAUCACUGCUUCUUGGGAAAAUGGGGAACUGGCCAACUUCGGUUAUACUUCAUCUGAGGUGAGAGACUUGAUCAGUGCAAUAUUUACAGAUUCACCCUUACGGAAAGAAUGCUUGUGGAGAAUCGAAAAUAUCAAGUUUUAAAAGUGUUAUAACUAUCUGAGAAUCUGGCCCACAUUCAACCAACAAUAGAAAAAGUGUAUGUUUUUUCUCCAUUGUAUAUAAUUUAUCCCUUCUGUUGUAUCAUAGUUAAAGAAAAAUUAAUGAUUGUAGCAUCCUUGUUCUAUUUUGGUCACAGUUUAUGACUAAAAUUAUUUGAUUCACCGCCA